ACAGAUCGCCCUUUGCGUGUUUUGUCAUAAUCUAACAAACCAAGCGAGGACUAGUACUUAGAGGAGAUCUUCGUGAAGGACUUUUUAAAUGAGAUUGGCUUAUAAGGCAGCAAAAAUCCAUGAAAACUGCCAGGAUUCGCCAGAAUUUAAACUCAAUUCAAACUGCCAAUUUCUACUACGCUGCGGGCUUUUGUUGAAUCUUUAUCAAAAAUCUUUGCAAAGUAAUCACGAACACACAGUUAUUGGUUUUUAAUUUAAUUUGGUUUUAUGUGAUUACGGCGAAGCCUCGAGGGCUGUCUGCCUAAGAGGAGGGAUGCCUCCAUGGAGGACUUUCUAAUGGACACUGGCUCAUAUAUAUGUUACGCUUGGAAAAAACCACGAAAACGCCCAUGCAGCCAACCUGCGGGAUUCGAACCUCGGACCGAACUACCAGUGUUCAGUGACUUUACUGCUCGGCCGCUGGUGGACCAAAAUUAUUGAGUACCAACGGAUUAACCACAUGUUUUGAAGAGCUAUCAUUUGAUCCAUAUUUUUACGAGACAGCUAAAGCUCAUCUGAAAGUAGUUGCUGAAUAUUUCAAAAAUCAUGGUUAUGAUAAUCAUGAUAAUAUUGGACACAAAGAUUUAAACUUCAUUGUAGCAAAAUUUUUUUUCCUUAAACACUCAAUGUUCCCAAGAAACGAAAAGUUUCUACUUGAAGAAGUUCCUCUUACGCCUGUUGUAUACCUGAAAAAUAAGCUCCUUAAAGAUGCCAGAAGGAAAGCUUUUACAAGUGUUCUGACGUACAACGAUGUUUUAUAUUUGCAAGUAUGUGUUGUGAUGCCUGAUGAAUAUGAAUUACAGUUAAUUUCGUUCAUUCCCGUAAAAUCAAAGGUUAAAAUCAAGCUUGAUGACCUGGAAUUAUGCGCUUAUCUUUAUAAAACACCAGAUGAAAUGAAAGUUCUUGGAGGUGAACUGGAAAAAUUGGAUUUAAUAAGAGCUGUUCCUUUGAGAGUGGAUGAGGAAGAAAAAAAGUGCUAUGUAACGGUUGUUUCAGAUACGACAGUGGCACUGGGAAGAGUAUCUAAAAAAGAUGCUUUUGUUUCUGAAGUUUUAUCUGAGACAAAUUGUUCAAGUUAUAGAGAAGCUUUGGAUAUAAUUGCACCAUUCAAGUUUCCGAACAUAAAAUUAAUGAAAAGCUUUGGGUCCACUAAUGGCCUUGAUUUGCAUACAUGGAGUUCUUUCUCUCCGCAGUGGAAUGCAAAAUUAUUUCCCCCUGAUUCAUAUGGGGUUGCAUGUUUUAGUGAAGCUAAGGUGUGCACAUCUAAGGAUUUAGUUAAAGAAGCAGAAAAACUUUAUAAAAGUAAUGAAAUUGAGGCAGCUUUCGAAUUCCUCAAAAUUGCUAGCAACCUAUGUCAGACUAAUCCAUUCAUUUAUGAGGUCCGGGGCAAAAUGUAUUAUGAAAUUGGGGACAAAGAGAGAGCUGCCAUUGAUUUUGAAGCAGCUUUGAAUUUAAAUCCGAAUACGAAAGUUAAAGAAUUAUAUAGCAAACUUUUGUUUUCAGUUGCCAUGCAUUAUCAAAAAAAGUUGAAAAAUUAUGAAAAAGCUGCCAUAAUGUUAUGUUCAUGUUUGGAAUUAAAUGAAAAGGACAGUGAACUUUUUCUAAAGUGUUUAAGAAAGAUUAAGAAGCUUCAACCUCAAGUUCAGGUACCUGAAAGAUUUGCAAAUGUAUUUUCUCGGGUGGAAAUAAAAGAGAAAAAAGCCCGUAAAGAUUCUCCAAGUAAUGCUUCUCUUGCAGAUUUAAUUAAAAAACGGAAAAAAAUUAAGCGUAAACUUGGGAUAAGGGAGAAGGUGUGAGGCUGCAUAAUGAAAUACUUCAAGAAUUAUUUUUGUACAUUUUAAAAUCAUGUGUAAGGAAAUUCUAAAUUAUCUAAAUUAGAAUGAAUUCUGCGUUUUUGUAAUGAAGUGCAUUUAUUUCUUACUACAGUUUUUCAAAAAUUUAUGUGCAUUUAAACAAAUAUUAAUCCUGAAAUAAUUAAAUUGGAAAUUGUUAAAAGAUAUAUGGCAAGUUCAUCUGGCUGAGUAUAACUAAAUUGUUCUAUGUCUAUAGUAAUUUUUAUGUAAAAAAACAAAAAAAAACCUUGAUUAUAAUUAGAAGUGCUGUUUUACGAGCAUUAUUUGUUUACAAAUAUGGGGUACUGAUUGAAUACGUAAUUUAGAAAUUUUUGAAAAGCGAAGCUAAAGUGUUCCCUCAUGUAGAGGAUUAAGAGCUUAUGAACUAAGUUAAGAGCUUAUGGACCUUUCAUCUUUUCAUACUUCAUCUUAAUUUCUUUUGAUCAUUUCAUAAUUGAACUUAAAUUAUAUAGAACUUAAAUAUUAAUUAUUUUAUAAAUGAAUGAAGUAAUUAUUUCAUAUUAAUGAUUUGUUUUUGUAAUGAAAUAAAUUACUUUGUAUUGAAUGAAGCAAAAGAGGGAAAUUGUACUAACUGAAAUUAUACAUCAACUUCAUAAUGUGUAAAGUAUUUAAGAAAUGUGCCUACAGGCUUGUUUCUUUUUAUCCAAGACUCGCGCUGAUUUUGCGAGUAAAGGUGUGCAACUUUUUAUUUUUAAAUGUUAAAGGAUAAUGCAAAUUUUAAUGUUUCAAAUUAUUAUCAUACAUAAACCACAUAAAAUAUCUGAGCAUCCCCAUUCAUACUUUUGAUAGUUUUAUAAAAUUAUAUACCUUAUUUUUAUGAGAAGUGCAUGUUGUUACUUCAAAGAAAUAAAGCCUGUAACAACCUUUUUUAUAUAAUUUAAAUUGUUAACAGUGGAAAUAUGACUUUUUUUUUAAAAAAAAGCAGUUGAUAUUGAAAUAAUGAUUAGUGUUGCUCAAGAAACAAGCAUUAAAUUUUGUAAUUUUAAAAUGUUAACUGAAAUGCUAUCAUGCAAAUAAAUUGAAUGCAAGUAGAAGUUGCCACAGAAUAAUUAACUAAAUAGUUUCACUUUGUAGUUUUCAUUUUAGCUGAAUAUCUAAGAUAUCAGCAUAUAUUUUGCCAACAAAAUUCUAGUCUAUGUUAAAAGUUAAAAAAAUUAUUAUUUAUAAAAUUUGGCUUCCUCAUCAUUCUUCUCUCCCUCCAAAAGUUUGAUUAUAGAUCAUGUACUGAAAUGAAAUUAUUAUUUUAAGGCAGUUGAGUGCAUUUAUUUAGAUGUAUUCAUUGGUAUACAACUAACGUGUGACUAUCGAAAUGGAGAUAGAAAACCACAGUAAUGUGUGAUGUUAUACUUUUAUUUUCUAAUCAAAAUUAUAAGUUUUCAUUUUAAAUAUUCACCAAGUAUGAAUGAUAAAUAAAUUUGCUUACUCAAAAUUGUUUUGUUUAUAUUGGAAAAAAAAAAAAAAAAAAAAAAAAAAAACCGAAGCUUGCUGAGUUAUUUUAUUGUGAAAUGCAAAUGUGUUUUAAAUUCAAUCUUACAUUUAAUCAAUAUUUGACAAGUUACAUGUGUAGUUUUUCUUUCUUGAUUUUUGUGCAAAUAGUGUUUUUGUUUCACUUUCUGUAAUGUGAACAGUGUAAUAUCUCUGUGCAGUUAAUUUUAAAUUCAUACUAUUUUGUAUGUGUUUAAUGCUAAAUCAUGAAAUUAAAUUUGAAGCAAGUGUUAAUUAAUUUUGAAAAACAGUUUACCUGCUGGGCAUACCACACUAUAUGUAUUCAUUCUACUGUUUAUAUACUGUUUUUGGAUGUGUGAAUUUUUUUUUAAGGUUUAUAAUUGUAUUAUUUAAAAAGUCAGUAAAAAUCUGUUUGUUGUAUUGC